AUCAUGCCCCCAAUGAACCUCUCCAGGCGUUGUUCUGGAGUAGACUAACCAUAGGCGGAGUGUACACAUGCAGCACAUAGUUUGGGAGCUAGAACGCAAUCGGACUCAGGCAUAUUCAAAGGCAGUCUAUUGUGAUAGUAGUCCUGGACUGAUCUCACUAUGAUGAUAUAGGUCGUGCCCAGCAUCACAAUGCCAAACAUUAUAAAUGACUGGUUUUUUUUGCCUGAGGGGCUAGAUGAGCAUGCGGCUAGACUGCCGAUGGCAACCAACAGGCUCAAGGCUGUGUUGAGACUUCGUGUGAGCGACCCGAGUCAAUUGUUUACUCACCAUGACUAGGCAUCGCAUUGAGCAUCGUAUGCCCACUAAUAUAAUAUAUUAUGUCACUGUUCUUAGUCGCACCGGGGGCGCAUGCCCGUUUUCAGGAGACUUCUCAAAACACAUAAGCCCUGGGUCCUGAAGGUUAGGCCUAUUGUUAAUCUAAAUAGUCCUGGCUACUAUCCCGCUGAGUUCACUGACUUUCUACUGAACCCGUAUGUAUGUGAGGAAAGUACUGUUCUGACCUCAACUGCGGAUUUCAUCAACUUGGUAGAAGGUUUGCCUGUGUGGGACGAUCAUUUAUAAUUGAGCAUAGAUGUGACCAGCCUUUACUACACCAACAUCCCCAACGAGCUCGGUUGUCGUGGUAUAUCACACACAGGUGUACAAGGUGGAUGCCCCUCGCCCUUCGUACAUGGUUAUUACAAGCAGUGACUUCCUUGAUGUCAGUCAUUCGGAAGAAAAAUGAGUUCGUGUAUGGUAACGAUGUGUUUCGGCAGAUCCAAGGCCAGGGACUGCCAUGGGUUCGCCUGCAGCAGUGGUCUAUGCCGACAUUGUUAUGCUGUAUUUGGAGAAGCAGUACGUUUUGCCGAUCUUAGAGGGGGAGGGUUUAGAGGUUCAGGUUUAUAGACGCUUUAUCAUUGCAUGGUUGCGAAGGUCAAGCUCAGCGCACUUUAGAUAGGAUUAAUAAGUGUUCGGCCCUCAAGUUUUCUCAUGAACUGGCACAUGAUGGCAUUGAUUUCCUGGACACCACAGUUUUCCGUAGUAAGGGAUACAUGGCGGUGAAGCCUCAUUUCAAGUUCACCAAUCGUUUCCUGUAUCUGCUUGUCGGUAGUAACCACCCCUGUAGUAUGGGCAAAGGUGUGUUCACUGGGGAGUUGAUCCGUAUCCGUCGGUCUUCGACCCUUGACCACCACUACGAAGCUGCUGCCGAGCGGCCGAAGCAGGCUUUCCGGGCCCGUGUAUACAAGCGCUCCAUCUUUCAUCUUUCAGACCCGUACACUAGGAAUGGAUGCGCAGGGAAGAGUUCUAGCAUCCGUAGCUGCCUCAGGGGGUGCCACUUCUCCCAUCAGCGUCGACUAGUCCGCCGAUCUCACUCAGCUCUGCUCUCCGAGCAUUCUGCUUCCAACACGCCGUGACUUCCCGAAAGAAAAUGUGCUCGCGCAUUAGAGGGAGGUGAAAGAUGCACCUGCAGGAGAAUACAUGCUUAAGAGAAGGCAGAAACAUGCCCGGAUCCACCAGAACUAGUGCUGGCAAGUCAACAGAGGCGAGUACUGAUAAUGUUCCAGAUUGUGGUAGGAUCACAUAAGCAAAAUU